CGAGGACCUCGACGAUGGAGUCGCCGGAGUGUCCAGUAUGCCUGCAGAACUACGACGGCGAGUACACAAUUCCACGCGUACUCGCUUGUGGGCAUUCGGCAUGCGAGUCCUGCCUUUCAAAACUCCCACAGAGAUUCUCUAACACCAUUCGCUGCCCUGCCUGUACCCAACUGGUCAAGUUUCCUCCCCAAGGUCCCUCCGCUCUUCCCAAGAACAUAGACCUUCUCUCCUUUUGUCUCCCCAAAAACCAUGGCUCUGAUCCUUCCGAUUCUUCCCAGAAGCCUCGAAAGGUUUCCGAAGAUAUCUGCGCCUAUGACUUCUUGCCUCGGUUUUGGUCGGAGGAGUUUUACGCCGCCUGGAAGGACUGGAUCCUCCCACAUGACGCCGUUUUGGUGGAUGUGAAAGUAGAUGGCGAAGAAAAUGGUGGUGUUUUUGACGUUUUGGAUGGGAAGACUGGUUCUGGUUUUUCUUCUUCAUUGUGGGUUCGGGUUUGUUUAGGAGAUGAACAGAGGGUGGGUCUUGUUCGGGUUGUUGCCUUACCGGCUUUGGAUGGUUCGGGUUUUGAGCUUGGCUACGUUGCGAGGGUUAUGAAAUGCUUGAGUGAAAUGAGAGAGGAGCCGAGGAAUGAGUUGAGUUCGAUGUUUAGAGCUUCUGUAAGGCAGUGUAGGAAUAUAGGUAAAGUUUAUGGCUUGUGGGGUAAUUUGGAAGAUGGGUUUUUGUACAUUGUUUGUAAGAAACAAGGUGGGAGUUUCUUGAAGGAGUUGGUUAAUUUGAGAAAUGGGUUUGACGAUGGAGAUGGUUUUGUUUCAAGCAAAAAUGGCGUGUCUGCUUUUCCGAUGAUUGGCAUGGAAAUGUGUGAAGCAGUGAUGGGUUUGCAUUCAGAAGGGUUUACUGCAGGUUGUAUUGCUCUUUCGUGCUUUAGUUUUGAUGACUUUGGUCAUGCUUAUUUGGAUUUGAAUGAGAUUUUGGUGUUGGGAAGGAAGAUUCGUAAGACUAUUAUGGAUACUGCUUCAAGUGGAACAAGAAUUGACGAUGAAGAACUGGAACUGAUCAUUAAUAAUCUAUUGAAAAAUGAUGUUUUUUUGAGUCCAGAGCUAUUGCUCGAGUUACUGCACAAAGAGGGUGUUGCAGUAGAAUGUGACAAAUACAGAUAUUCAACUGGAUAUGGCUCAGAUAUUUGGGGAUUAGCUUGUCUCCUAAUUAGGUUUCUUCUUGGAAAAAUUUUAACUGAGAAGGUCCCCAAGAUGAGUAGAAACGAUUGUUCUGAUUAUUCAACAAUGUAUUCGAGCUGGAUGAAUGAAGUUACUUCUUUAUUGGAAACCGAAUUGGGUUCAGAUUAUGCAUUGCUGAUAGAUAUACUUUUGGAAUGUUUGAUUUAUGAUCCAGGAAGCCGCCCACUUGUGAAUGAUGUGAGGAAGUGCAUCAGAGAACUGAUAAUUAAAGCUCCAUUUGACAUCACGUCCAGUUGUUUGGAAGGAGCAGUUGAUGGUGAUAGCACCUCCUGUUGCAUAAUUCUAGGGGAACUGUGUCAGCCUCCCAAGAAAAUGUCACCCACAAAGAAGGAAGAUGGUUUGCGGGGAAGUGAAGCAGGAAAUGAGGCAGAUUUUGGUCAAGAAGAAGAAAGACCUGAUAAACAUUUCUUUGAGGACCUCUCUCGGGGAAGUGUCAAAUUCAAAGAUUUGCAUGGUCAUCGUGACUGUAUAACAGGAGUAGCUGUUGGAGGUGGUUUUCUUUUUAGCUCCUCAUUCGACAAAACCAUCCGUGUAUGGUCCUUGCAGGACUUCUCGCAUGUACAUACAUUUGAAGGCCAUGAACAUAGAGUCAUGGCUCUAAUUUAUGUGGAUCAAGAGAAACCUUUGUGCGUAAGUGGUGAUAAUGGAGGUGGCAUAUUUGUCUGGGGCACUAGUAUUCCUCUUGGCCAAGAGCCAUUAAAGAAAUGGUAUGAGCAGAAGGACUGGCGCUAUAGUGGUAUUCAUGCCCUGUCCUCUUCAGGAAAUGGAUAUAUCUAUACAGGUAGUGGAGACAAGUCAAUAAAAGCAUGGUUAUUACAGGAUGGUACGUUGUCAUGCACUAUGAAUGGUCAUAAAUCAGUAGUUUCCACACUUGCGGUAUGCGAUGAGGUACUUUAUAGUGGCAGUUGGGAUGGAACCAUUCGACUCUGGAGUCUUAUUGAUCACAGUCCUUUGACAGUUUUGGGGGAAGACACAUCUGGAACUGUGACAUCCAUCUUGGCCCUUGCUGUUGACAGGCAUAUGCUUAUUGCAGCUCAAGAAAAUGGACGUAUAAAGGUCUGGAGGAAUGAGAUGUUUAUGAAAUCCAUUCAUAUGCAUGAUGGUGCUGUUUUUGCUAUUGGAAAGGAAGGGAAAGGGCUAUUUACUGGAGGUUGGGAUAAAACUGUCAGUGUCCAGGAAUUAUGUGGAGAUGAGUUUCAGGUGGAUGCCAGACCUAUUGGAUCCAUCCCUUGUGAUUCUGUCAUAACUGCUUUGUUAUGCUGGCAGGGAAAACUUUUUGUUGGAUAUGCCAAUAAGCUUGUCAAGGAGUAUUUGGGUGGUCUUAGAAAGACUUGGAGUGAUCUUACGAGCUUGAACUAUUGGGUGGUUCGGGACUACUAUCGCCUUGUUAACUCCGUUAAUGCCUUUGAGCCGCAAAUACAGAGUCUCACUGAUGAGCAGCUUACUGCUAAAACUGUGGAGUUCCGGCGAAGGUUGCGACAGGGUCAAACACUUGCAGAUAUUCAAGCUGAGGCUUUUGCUGUCGUUCGUGAAGCUGCAAAAAGGAAGCUUGGGAUGCGUCAUUUUGAUGUGCAGAUCAUUGGUGGGGCAGUGCUUCAUGAUGGUUCCAUUGCAGAGAUGAAAACUGGGGAGGGAAAAACAUUGGUUUCUACGCUGGCAGCAUAUCUUAAUGCUUUGACGGGUGAAGGUGUUCAUGUGGUAACUGUGAAUGAUUAUCUAGCUCAACGAGAUGCUGAGUGGAUGGGUCGUGUUCAUCAUUUCUUAGGUCUUUCAGUAGGCCUUAUUCAGAGGGGGAUGAAAGCUGAAGAGAGGAGAUCAAAUUAUAAUUGUGACAUAACGUAUACAAAUAAUUCAGAACUUGGUUUUGAUUAUCUACGAGAUAAUCUUGCUGGGGCAAGUGGACAGCUUGUGAUGAGAUGGCCAAAGCCUUUCCAUUUUGCCAUAGUUGAUGAAGUUGAUUCAGUCCUCAUUGACGAAGGAAGAAAUCCUUUGUUAAUAAGUGGUGAGGCGAGUAAAGAUGCUGCACGUUAUCCAGUUGCUGCCAAAGUGGCUGAGCUGCUUGUCCGUGGUCUUCAUUACAAUGUGGAGCUUAAAGAUAACUCAGUGGAGUUGACAGAAGAAGGAAUAGAGCUCGCCGAGAUGGCUCUUGAAACACAUGACUUAUGGGAUGAAAAUGAUCCCUGGGCUAGAUUUGUGAUGAAUGCACUGAAAGCUAAAGAGUUUUAUCGGCGGGAUGUACAGUAUAUUGUUAGAAAUGGGAAGGCUCUCAUAAUCAAUGAGUUGACAGGCAGAGUUGAAGAAAAAAGAAGAUGGUCUGAGGGCAUUCAUCAAGCUGUAGAGGCCAAAGAAGGUUUGAAAAUUCAGGCCGAUUCAGUUAUUGUGGCGCAAAUCACAUAUCAGUCGCUUUUCAAGCUCUAUCCAAAACUCUCUGGAAUGACCGGGACUGCAAAAACUGAAGAGAAAGAGUUCCUGAAAAUGUUUCAGAUUCCAGUUAUUGAAGUGCCCACAAAUCUGCCAAACAUUCGAAAAGAUUUACCUAUUCAAGCUUUUGCUACUGCGCGGGGAAAAUGGGAACAUGUUCGUCGGGAAGUUGAAUACAUGUUCAGACAGGGCCGCCCUGUUUUAGUUGGGACCACAAGUGUUGAGAAUUCUGAACACUUAUCUGAUCUGUUGAAGGAACAAAAUAUCCCCCACAAUGUCCUAAAUGCACGACCUAAGUAUGCUGCAAGGGAGGCUGAAAUUGUGGCCCAAGCAGGACGAAAAUAUGCAAUCACCAUUUCUACUAAUAUGGCUGGCAGAGGCACUGACAUAAUCUUAGGAGGAAAUCCAAAGAUGCUUGCCAAAGAGAUAAUAGAGGACAGCUUGCUUUCAUUCCUAACUAAAGAAACUCCUAAUGUUGAUGUUGAUGGAGAGGCAGUUUCCCAAAAGGUAUUGUCCAAGAUAAAGGUUGGACCAUCAUCAUUAGCUUUGCUGGCUAAGACAGCUCUAAUGGCUAAAUACGUAUGUAAAAGUGAAUGUAAGACGUGGACAUAUAAGGAGGCAAAAUCUAUAAUAUCAGAGUCUGUAGAAUUGAGUCAGACAAGUAAUUUGAAAGAGCUAGAGAGGCUGGUUGAUGAACAGUCAGAGACGUAUCCUCUUGGCCCUACAAUAGCAUUAGCUUAUCUGUCAGUUUUGAAGGAUUGUGAGGUACAUUGUUUCAAUGAAGGGUCUGAAGUUAAAAGGCUUGGGGGCCUUCAUGUGAUUGGGACGUCUUUGCAUGAGUCCCGACGAAUCGAUAACCAGCUUCGUGGAAGAGCGGGAAGGCAAGGUGAUCCUGGAUCAACACGUUUUAUGGUGAGCUUGCAGGAUGAGAUGUUUCAAAAGUUUAAUUUUGACACUGAGUGGGCUGUCAGACUCAUUUCCAAAAUUACAAAUGAUGAGGAUAUCCCGAUUGAAGGUGAUACAAUAGUGAAACAGCUGUUGGCUCUGCAAGUUAAUGCUGAGAAAUACUUCUUUGGCAUAAGAAAGAGCUUGGUUGAGUUUGAUGAAGUAUUAGAGGUGCAGAGAAAGCAUGUCUAUGACCUUAGGCAGUCACUUUUAACAGGCGAUAAUGAAAGUUGUUCCCAACACAUAUUUCAGUAUAUGCAGGCAGUAGUAGAUGAAAUUGUCUUUGCAAAUGCAGAUCCACUGAAGCAUCCUAGAAGUUGGAGCUUGGGUAAGCUCUUGAAGGAGUUUGUCACAAUAGCAGGAAAAUUAUUGAACGACUCUUUUGCAGGUAUAACAGAGGAAACUUUAUUGGAAUCACUUGCCCAGUCGCAUGAACUGAGUACUGUAGGUGGUAUAAGUGAUAUUCAUCUUCCAAACUUACCAACACCACCAAAUUCUUUUAGAGGAAUUCACAAAAAAAGCUCUUCAUUGAAACGGUGGCUUGCCAUAUGCUCCGAUGAAUUGACCAAGAAUGGCAGGUACCGAGCAUCUAUUAAUCUCCUUCGCAAGUAUCUUGGAGACUUUUUAAUUGCCUCAUAUUUGGAUGUUGUACAAGAAUCUGGUUAUGAUAAUGUAUAUGUGAAGGAAGUUGAGAAAGCAGUACUUGUGAAGACCCUGGAUUGUUUUUGGAGAGAUCAUCUAGUAAACAUGAACAGGCUUAGUUCAGCGGUGAAUGUAAGGAGUUUUGGGCAUAGGAAUCCCCUGGAAGAAUACAAAAUUGAUGGGUGUCGAUUUUUCAUAUCGAUGCUUAGUGCAACUCGAAGGCUAACCGUUGAAUCACUCUUGCAGUAUUGGUCAUCUCCCAUGGAGUCCCAAGAAAUAUUUCUUUAAGAAACUUUUUGCUUUGGAUGUUUGUACAUCAAAAUGUAUGUUUCAGCUAUUGCUAAGUUUUCAUUCAAUUC